AUGCAUAUACUCUGCGUGCACACGGAGGAUCGACCCGACCGCGAGGAGAACGUCGCAAAACAGGCCGAAAAGUAUGGCCUGGAGAUUGAAAUCGUCGAGUUCGAGAGGGACAAAGAGUCGCCAAUGAGAGGAUGCUGCACGUCGCAUCAAGCCAUCAUCGAGAUGGCGAAGCAGCGAGAUCUGGACGAGGUGAUGAUAAUCGAGAACGACGUAUGCUUCGAGGAGGAUCCUCUGCAAUACGCGAGCGGCCCUCCCGGCCUGCCGGCGAACAUGCUAUACCUCGGCGGGACGCUCAGCCGGAUUUACUUCGAAGAACCCACCAGGCUGGAGGGCAGCGACACCGUCGGGCUCUUGACGGUCAAACCCACUCACACGUUCCUCGACCUCGAUAAGCUCAUCAAGUCCCGAAGACAGGACGUCCUGGUGCUCACCAUGGACGAGAGCCCCGACAGCGCUUUCGAAACAUUCGGGGCCACCGACUGCUCUAAUGCCUACAUAGUUUCCGGAGAAUUCGCGGGGGAAUCCGACAUAAUAGCGACCAGACAGCAGGUCAAGGGGGUGCGCUUCGCAAAGGACCUCUAUCACAGAGCCAAGAUAACCGACUGCUUCCGCGAACAGAGCUCGCAACUCAUCGGAGUAGCCAACAUUGCCGCCAUCGUCUCCAGGUUGCAAGAGAUCAUCUUCAUGCCCGCAGUGCACGUCCCCCACUCGGUGGACUCGCAAGAGAUAUUCGACUGCGAAUGGGAGCUGCUCGGACGAUCCGCCGAGCAGAGGAGACUGUGGUUGCCUUCCACCUGCUUGUCCACGCACUGUUACGUGUUGAAGCGGGACACGUACUCUCGGGCCAUCGAUCUGCUCGCGGCGAAUGUCGAUAGACCUCUGGAAGAUAUACAGCCGGUCGACGUGGUCUACCAGACGCAGCUGCACCCGACGAUCCAGUGUUAUUCGCUCCUGAAACCCGUGGCCUCUCAGGUCCCAAGCUUCAGCGACAUCGAAGCCAGGGCCGUGGACUACAGGAAGCUACACAUGUACAACAGACCUCCGCAAUAUCCCGUUGCUUACGAGAGAAAGAGCAUCCCAAAAGCUCGCGUGAGGAACGAGGGUAGGACGCUGUGCCUGGACAGGGUGGACCCAGAAGAUCUGCCUCGAGUUUCCGUGAUCACGGUCACCAGGAACCACCGCAGGCUCUUUGCUCUGCCCGUCAACAACUUUAUGAACUUUGACUAUCCAAAGGACAAGCUGGAGUGGGUCAUAGUGGACGACUCUGAAGUCGGUCAUGAUGCCAAGCCGGCCCUCGGUGCGCUCAGGUCGGACAAGCGCGUGAGAUUCGUCAGGCUUCGGACGAAAGACUCUAGGGCUCUGACCAUCGGCCGGAAGAGGCAUAUCGGUUGCGAGAACGCCACCGGAGACGUCUUCCUCCACAUGGACGACGACGACCUGGUCCCCUCGUAUGCCAUAACCGCGCGAGUCAAGUCCUUGUUGACUUACGAUGCCGAGUGCGUGGGGUCCACCAACAUCCUCUGCUACGACAUUAGCACGUCCGAACUAUACAACUGGCCUUCGGCGGACGCUUUCGGCGAUCGCACGAUACUACCCGAGGCGGGUCUCGCUUAUACCAAGCGUUUCUGGAAAGAGAAGGGAUGGGAGGACGUCCACUUUGAGGAAGGCAAAGCUUUCUUACAUGAAAGAGACCUGAACAAGAUCGUGGACAUCCCCUCGCAG